GCCGGGGACAGAGCAAUUGAGAGGUGAUCAGUAAGUUUGCUCCAUGCAACCUCUGAUCUGGCAGCAGCACUGCAGGCACAGCUCCCACACAAAAACCUGUGCAACUAGUUACAGAGAUAACUAAGUGACAAGUGACUAUUUCUCCCACGAGAGGUGUAUCUUGCAUUGGCAUCCCAGAAUGAAAGAUAACAGUUGCAAGUUACAUUUGCUUCCAGUAGGUAUAUUAUUAUGGAUUCUGCAUUCUGCAAUGGUACCAAAAGUCUUAUCAGCAGAUACUACCACUGAAUUAAGUUCUUCCCCAGAAGUCUCUCCCAUGUCAUCUACUGGACCAACCCAGAAAUCUGCUGAUCCCAGCCAAACACCACCUGUUACAGCUGAGAGCCCUAGUACUACUUACAAUGAAACAGCUGUACCCACAAUGUUAAAUGAAAAUGAUACUUCAGACCCCAUGGCAGGAUCGCAAUUUUCCUGCCAGACAUUUCACUGCAUGGAAAAUGACUGUUACAAAAAUAAGAAUAGUUGGACAGAAGUCUCCGAAGUGUGUACUCAUGAUUCUUACUGUGAGAUUUACCGCCACAGCAGCUCUCAUUAUGAAGCCAGAUGUAGCCAUCAAUGCACUCCAGGCGGAUGCAUUAAAGAUGGAGCAGAAAUGGAUAACUGCACUAUGUUUUGCUGCAACACAUCAAUGUGUCUCACUCCAGAGCAUGUCUAUAGUGCUGGUUCCAGUGGCAUGAGCACAACAUCAGUGCAAACAGGUACAGUCAUGCCCCCUACAACUGCAGCUGAGACCACCAUAGCAUCUAUAAUAACAACUGCAACCACUGCAACCCCUGCAACAACUGCAACCACUAUUGCAUACAGUGGACUGAAAUGCCGUUCAUUUAAAUGUACUGGAUUGAACUGCUUUACAAAAGAAGUAAAUACAACAACUAAGUACUGUCGAGUGGGAAUAUCCCACUGUGAGCUGCAAAAAGUUUUAGGUUCCGGAGGUACGAUCUCCUAUGAGGGUGGCUGUAGUGACACCUGUGCCACAAGCAAAAGCUCCUGUGCCAGCAUUCAAAAUGCAAAUUGUUUCCAAGAGUGCUGCAAUGCCACCAAGACAGGAUGCUGCAUGAUUCUGGAUGGCCAAGUGCACUUUAACACAGCUAUGCACAUUAGCAGAGGAUCCAUUUGGAAGCUUUUUUCCUUGGCUUUAAUUGUGAUUUUUACACCCCGUUUCUUUUCCUUCAUCUAAGAUUUAAUGUCAGUUAUUAAGUCUUUUCUUAGUUCAAGUACUUGGAUGCUGAAGAUACAGAGCUUCUGGAACUUCAUAUUCUUUGUUAUAAUACACAAUCUCAUGAGUGGAGUGGAGGGGAUGAGAGGGCACAAAAAGUCAUAUGAUUGGAAACUCAUGCUAACAUCACUCCAGGGGCAUUUCUUGCAUUGCUUAAUUAUAGGCACUUAUCCCAUUGGUAGCCUGGGAGUCAUAGUAGACAUCAUAUACAGCCAGUAGUGCUGUGUAGUUUUUAGAACUGUCCUAGUAUAAUUGCUAACUGACCCUAAUUUGCUAAGAUAUUGCUGGGGAUUUCUUUUGUUGUUACUGAUGAUUACAGUGACACUGGUUUCUGAAUAAAACUCCCAAUACACACCAA